UGGAUUGUGGGAUCCAGGGUUUGGAUUAAUGGGAUCCAGGGAUGGGCUGUGGGAUCCAGGGAUGGAUUGUGGGAUCCAGGGAUGGAUUGUGAAAUCCAGGGUUGGAUUUGUGGGAUCCAGGGAUGGAUUCCUGGGAUCCAGGAUGGGAUGCAGGGUUGGAUUCCUGGGAUGCAGGAUGGGAUGCAGGGCUGGAUUCCUGGGAUGCAGGGCUGGAUUCCUGGGAUCCAGGAUGGGAUCCAGGAUGGGAUGCAGGGUUGGAUUCCUGGGAUGCAGGGCUGGAUUCCUGGGAUCCAGGGAUGGAUUCCCGGGAUGCAGGAUGGGAUCCAGGAUGGGAUGCAGGGUUGGAUUCCUGGGAUGCAGGGCUGGAUUCCUGGGAUCCAGGAUGGGAUCCAGGAUGGGAUGCAGGGAUGGAUUCCUGGGAUGCAGGGUUGGAUUCCUGGGAUGCAGGGCUGGAUUCCUGGGAUCCAGGAUGGGAUCCAGGAUGGGAUCCAGGAUGGGAUCCAGGAUGGGAUCCAGGAUGGGAUGCAGGGUUGGAUUCCUGGGAUGCAGGGCUGGAUUCCUGGGAUGCAGGAUGGGAUCCAGGAUGGGAUGCAGGGCUGGAUUCCUGGGAUCCAGGAUGGGAUCCAGGAUGGGAUGCAGGGUCGUGGCACCCGUGGCCACCCAGGGAAUCUCCUCCAUGGAUCUGGGAGCCCUGGAGCCUCUCCCAGGGGAAUUCCAGUGGAUCCCCAGCACCAGGUCCGUGUCCCACCAUGGCUCUGCCUCGGGAAGGCUCUGGGAGCAGCAUCCCCAAUUCCAGGGAGGAUUUGGCAGGAAAACCAACUGCCCUGAGGGUUCAUCCUGCUGGGAAUUCCUGUGGGAAGGGCUGGGGGUCCCCUCUGCUCCUUCCUGGGGCCAAAACACCCCCACUCCCAUUCCCAGCGUGUCCUUUUAUUAUCCAGGGAUAAAAUUCCCAUAAAAGGCCCCGGAGGGGGCUCCGUGGGGUGUCCCUCCCAUUCCCAGGGGACAUUCCCAGGGGACAUUCCCAGGGGACAUUCCCAGGGGACAUUCCAUGAAUCUCACAUGGUAGCCAGGAGCUCCUGGGUGGCCAGGCGGGCCAGGCCGUGGAAAUCCAGCCGGAGAUGCUUCCUCCAAAAUCGCCGAUCCCGCCCAUACAGCUGGGCUGGGAAACGGGGGCUGCCUGGGGGGGCAGGAGGAGGAGCCCAAAUAGCCCAGAUAUCCCAGCCCAGAUAGCCCAGAUAUCCCAGCCCAUCCCAGAUAUCCCAUCCCAUCCCAUCCCAGAUAUCCCAUCCCAUCCC